AGGCAGAUGACAAGCAGAGGGAGAAACGAAGUCUGAUAUUCGAACACGUCGCAUUGUGCUGGAGGUUCGACAGUUGCAGUUGAAGCCUCCAACUAUGAGCGUCAUCUUCCUUCGGGGGGAUCGGAACUAAUUUUGGAACUCUUUUAUUUUGAGCCUCGCGGUAACAGCUAACCUUUUCUCUUUUCAAUCCGGAACUCAGGACUCAGCAGACAUCGUCCUGUCCCGAGCUAGUUCUCGACUUUUCACAACUUGGCGGAAAAGCAGGAAAGAGUAAAAAUAAGAAAUGCCAAGAAUUUUUAAGUUUGUUUGCUUGACGUGGAUGGUGCUGCUCAUUUGCGCAUGGAUGCCCUCACCAGGUGAUGCACUGAAGUGUUAUGUGUGCAAUUCCUUAGCUAGUGAGUCAUGUACUAAACUAGAAGGAGAACAACAUCUAAAAAAGUGUGAAGAGUUCAAUGAUGACACGUCUAGAAACUACACAGUCUGUCGAAAACAAAUUUUCUCAGCCUAUUCCAAGAAAUUUGAAAUGCACACACAAAGAACUAUCCGUAGCUGUGGAUAUGAAAAGCAUCCAAGACUGAGCUGUUUUCAUUCAUCUAAUAUUGAUCUAAAAGGUACAACAUGUGAGUGUCUUGAAGAUGGCUGCAAUGGAAGCAAUCAAUUGCAUUUUAUGCUGUUCAUUACAAUUGUAACAUUGCUUAGUAGUAUUAUCUACCCAGUAGUAUCUAUAUAAAUUUCAUCAGUAAAUUUUAAGUACGGGUUCCAUUUCCUAGAUUUUAGAUUAGAAAAUAUUUUUAUAAUGUUCUUCUGUUUCAAGAUAACUUCAAAAACAUCAUUAUUGCAAUUUGCUAUUACUAACAAUUAAUAGAUCACAAAUAAGAAUUUUGAACAUUUAUAGAGCUAGUCAUACAUUUUAGAUAAAAUAUAUUUUUGUGAAAAUGUCAAUGCAUCUUACAUUUAAGAAUUUUGUAAAUAAAGAUUCAAAUAUUUUUAAUGAUCUCAUGAAAAAUGACAAUAAAUGACUUCCUUGUUGA